AUGUUGCGCUUGCUUGCGGUGACCGCCUGCCUCGCCAAAGUCGCCAUCGCCACGUGCCCUGACGAUCCGGAGGUGGACCUUUGCGAGACAACCGGUGAAGAGACGGGCUCCGGAUUCCGCAGCACACCAUGGAUGGCGCUGGUGCUGCCCCUCGCCACGGCCCGGCCCAAGGUUGCCACAGGCUUGGCAUUGGCAUUGGCCCUGGUUGUCGGGGCGGAUGCAGCCACCUGCGGCGAGUUGAAGGAUUUCUACAGGACUGAGAAUUGCUGUGGCUCCCCCACCACGGUGUUGAGCAACCCGGUGCCAGGCACUGCAACUUGUCCGUACAACUUCAACAAGCCAGCUUGCAGCACGGCCGAGCCGCAGACGCCUCGCGACCUCUCAACUGGUGCUACGGGCAGCAUGGUGCCGAAGGCGGCCACGCUGACGGAUGCUCAGGCCAACUUCCUGCCGCUGGUGAACGUGCACUUCCACUUGGGGGCUGAGCACAAGAGCGAUGCCUACAACAACGACACCGACGCGAUGGCAUACGACGCGGCCUCCUCCGGCAGGCGCCUUGCCAGCAACCCACGGCCUGGCUUCAUGUGCCCCACGGACACGCUCACGGACGCGCAGAUGACGCCGUACACCUUUCAGCACUGCAAGGGUGACGUGCAGGUUGGCAAGUCCUACGAGGUCCACUACGUGCACUCUUCAGCCGGCACCGACUACAAUGCUUCGGACGACAUGAAUGCGGACCUCCUUGCCGAUGGUUUGGGAGGUGCCGCAAACGGCCGUGGCCUUCUGAACCCUAUGGUCGUGGUGCAGGGCCAGAUCUACCAGAUCGUGAAUGGGGGACCUACCGUGAACGACCUGUUGCACGGCUGGACUGUUGUUGGCCAUGCCAACUCAGUCAUGUACUCAGGGUCAACCACCGGCCAGUCGCACGACAACUCAGUGUGCUCUCCAUACGUCAUCACUUGGCAUGUGGACAAGGAUUGCCACCAGGUUUCUCCCGAGUCUUUCGACAACCUCUGCAAGCAGAUGAAGGACAUGUACGGGAUGUCGGUUGACCUCGAACCCCACGGCUCCCGCAUUCUGGUGUCUUCGACCUACGUGGUGCGCGUCGUGAUGCCAGCAAGCGAUAUGGAGAAACGAGAUUGGUGCUCUGAGGAGUUCGGCGGGUGGGAAAUCGGUCUGCUGAUGUGUUUUGCUCUGAGCAUUUGGCAGACAGAGGAGCGUUUGCAACGAUAUUUUGCCAGGCAGUCGUAUCCAGCCAUGCUGCGCUUGCUUGCCUUGUCCGUGGUUGCGGCGGAUGCCGCCACCUGUGGCGACUUGAAGGAUUUCUACAGGACUGAGAAUUGCUGUGGCUCCCCCACCACGGUGUUGAGCAACCCGGUGCCAGGCACUGGAACUUGUCCGUACAACUUCAACAAGCCAGCUUGCAGCACGGCCGAGCCGCAGACGCCUCGCGACCUCUCAACUGGUGCUACGGGCAGCAUGGUGCCGAAGGCGGCCACGCUGACGGAUGCUCAGGCCAACUUCCUGCCGCUGGUGAACGUGCACUUCCACUUGGGGGCUGAGCACAAGAGCGAUGCCUACAACAACGACACCGACGCGAUGGCAUAUGACGCGGCCUCCUCCGGCAGGCGCCUUGCCAGCAACCCACGGCCUGGCUUCAUGUGCCCCACGGACACGCUCACGGACGCGCAGAUGACGCCGUACACCUUUCAGCACUGCAAGGGUGACGUGCAGGUUGGCAAGUCCUACGAGGUCCACUACGUGCACUCUUCAGCCGGCACCGACUACAAUGCUUCGGACGACAUGAAUGCGGACCUCCUUGCCGAUGGUUUGGGAGGUGCCGCAAACGGCCGUGGCCUUCUGAACCCUAUGGUCGUGGUGCAGGGCCAGAUCUACCAGAUCGUGAAUGGGGGACCUACCGUGAACGACCUGUUGCACGGCUGGACUGUUGUUGGCCACGCGAACUCCGUCAUGUACUCAGGGUCAACCACCGGCCAGUCGCACGACAACUCAGUGUGCUCUCCAUACGUCAUCACUUGGCAUGUGGACAAGGAUUGCCACCAGGUUUCUCCCGAGUCUUUCGACAACCUCUGCAAGCAGAUGAAGGACAUGUACGGGAUGUCGGUUGACCUCGAACCCCACGGCUCCCGCAUUCUGGUGUCUUCGACCUACGUGGUGCGUUCUGAGUACGUCGAGUUGAUGUCUUCGGGUGUCUGCGUCGUGAUGCCAGCAAGCGAUCUGGAGAAACGAGAUUGGUGCUCUGAGGAGUUCGGCGGGUGGUGGGCGGGGGGGGCGGCGCGGCGGGGCUUGCGCUUCUACACCGCACCGAUCAAUGCUGGUAACGAGCGUUUGCAACGAUAUUUUGCCAGGCAGUCGUAUCCAGCCAUGCUGCGCUUGCUUGCCUUGUCCGUGGUUGCGGCGGAUGCCGCCACCUGUGGCGACUUGAAGGAUUUCUACAGGACUGAGAAUUGCUGUGGCUCCCCCACCACGGUGUUGAGCAACCCGGUGCCAGGCACUGCAACUUGUCCGUACAACUUCAACAAGCCAGCUUGCAGCACGGCCGAGCCUCAGACGCCUCGCGACCUCUCAACUGGUGCUACGGGCAGCAUGGUGCCGAAGGCGGCCACGCUGACGGAUGCUCAGGCCAACUUCCUGCCGCUAGUGAACGUGCACUUCCACUUGGGGGCUGAGCACAAGAGCGAUGCCUACAACAACGACACCGACGCGAUGGCAUAUGACGCGGCCUCCUCCGGCAGGCGCCUUGCCAGCAACCCACGGCCUGGCUUCAUGUGCCCCACGGACACGCUCACGGACGCGCAGAUGACGCCGUACACCUUUCAGCACUGCAAGGGUGACGUGCAGGUUGGCAAGUCCUACGAGGUCCACUACGUGCACUCUUCAGCCGGCACCGACUACAAUGCUUCGGACGACAUGAAUGCGGACCUCCUUGCCGAUGGUUUGGGAGGUGCCGCAAACGGCCGUGGCCUUCUGAACCCUAUGGUCGUGGUGCAGGGCCAGAUCUACCAGAUCGUGAACGGGGGGCCUACUGUGAACGAUCUGCUGCAUGGCUGGUCAACCACCGGCCAGUCGCACGACAACUCAUGCGUCGUGACGCCAGCAAGCGAUCUGGAGAAACGAGAUUGGUGCUCUGAGGAGUUCGGCGGGUGGCAGAGACCCAUGAAGUGA